CAAGGCAACGAGUUUUCAGCACCACCUCCGCCGUCCAGCGCGCAAGAACACAUCCGCAACGAUGGCACCGCGAAUGAGCGCCUUUAACAGCAUAUAACACCGAAUAGCUCCUUGAAAACGACGUCAGCGAAACGACAGCGUAAAAUAAGACCACGAGGAGGCAACAACGAUUAUUCACAGGUGAGUGUGUACAGUAGUUGAGGGCAGUCAUGCCUCUUGUGAAGAGGACCAUCGAGCCCAGGCAUCUGUGCAGAGGAGCUCUGCCUGACGGGGUAACCAAUGAGCUGGAGUGUGUCACCAACAGCACACUGGCAGCCAUUAUCAAACAACUGGGAGGACUUAGUCGGCAUGCGGAGGACAUCUUUGGGGAGCUGUUUAAAGAGGCCAUCAGCUUCUACAUGCGCAUGAACAGUUUACAAGAGCGCGUCGACCUGCUAGCAGUGAAGGUCACACAGCUGGACUCCACCGUGGAAGAGGUGUCCCUACAGGACAUCAACAUGCGAAAGGCGUUCAAGAGUUCCACCAUCCAAGACCAGCAGGUGGUGUCCAGAAACUCCAUACCAAACCCUGUCAUGGAGAUGUACCAUCGCUGUGACAAACCACCCCCUCUGAACAUCCUUACACCCUAUAGGGAUGACAAAAAGGACGGGCUCAAAUUCUAUACAGAUCCCUCCUAUUUCUUCAACCUCUGGAAGGAAAAAAUGCUUCAAGCCACAGAAAACAAGAGGAAAGAGAAACGAAGGCAAAAGCAAGAGCAAAAACAUACGGAGGAUCCCACUCGUGAGGUCAAGAAAGUCCGUAAAGCCCGGAACCGACGUCAGGAGUGGAAUAUGAUGGCGUAUGACAAGGAGUUUCGCCCGGACACUCGCCUAACACCAUCUCCUUACCACGGCAUGUCCUCGGAGGGGUCUUUGUCACCUGAUAGAUCUGGCAUGUCAGAUGAGCACUCGUACCCGGCCAGUCCAAACCACCCACUGGAGGCAGGCGGAGCAGGGGUUGAUGGGAAAGAAUCAGGCCCUGCACAGACUCAGUCUCUGGACCGAGCCUACCGGCCCCCCGCCUCAGUCGCAUCUUCUGCAGCCCGACAGCACUCUCUGGGCCGCAUGCAGGCGCAUCACGGACCCCCACCGGCAGACUCCUCCCUCAACGGACCACGUCCAACAGCUGCCAAAGAAUACAGCGGUCAUCAAAUACUUGAACAUUUUGCCCCACCUGCACCUCCUCCACCUCCUCCGCUCAUCCCGUCAUCUCAGACCGCCUUUGACAGCACAUCUGGAUCUCCGUCACUGGCUCCGGGUACAGUAGCCGCUCUCUCACGCCCAUACAGCCCAUCUCCUCCACCAGCUCCGCCCUCUGCCUACGCCCCCUCCCCUUCACAUCCUGUAAUGGGCGGCCCACCAGUGGCCCCACCUCCUCCUCCACCAGGGCUGCCCACCCAUGCCCCAUCCCCAGCCCGGGUCACACAUCUGUCUGGAGAGUCCACUCUACCCAGGAAGGGCCAGGUGCCUCUCAUCCCCAUGAGCGACGCCCGCAGCGACCUGCUGGCUGCCAUCCGCAGAGGUAUCCAGCUGCGAAAGGUGCAGGAACAGAGAGAGCAGGAGGCCAAAAAAGAGCCGGUGGGUAACGACGUGGCCACCAUUCUGUCCCGACGCAUCGCCGUGGAGUACAGUGAAUCAGACGAGGACUCUGAGCCAGAGGAGAACGAGUGGUCUGACUGAAGUGCCACCGUUCUCCUACCUAAUGCUGCUAUUUCCCAUACCCUGCACCUACACACACCUCAUAUAGUCAGAUGGUCCUCGGGUGUAUGGGACUAGAGUGAGAGUAUCAGAAUGCUGAAGAGGCCAUAACAGAGAGAGAGAGGGAGAGAGACAGACAGAGAGCAAAAGAGAGAGAGAGAGAGAAGGAAAAAGAGUUUGUGCAAUACAAAGUGGAAGGAUGCAGGCAAGUGCAGAAAUAGAGGGAUGAUUAUUUGUUUAAAAGCCUGAUCUUAUGAAAAUGACAUUACUGUGGCAACAUUUUUGCAAAAUGACUUUACAUGGUUCAUUAUGCGCAUCUCGGCAGUUCAGAGGUUAAAUGUCCACUGAGUGGUGCUAAAAGCAAGUUAUAUGUUCUCCCAAACAGAUGAGGUAUUUAGGGUCAAUGUUCUAUCAAGUUUUAAAUCAAUAAAACCGACCUCCCUAUCCUAAACCUUAAACCUAAACCUAAUCGAAAGUGAGAUGAGAAACAGAACCACGUAAUUUUGUGGUGCUACUAUUUACCCAUUUACACCUUGCAUUAACAUGCAUUUCAUAUCCAGAUAGUAUCUAGAUAUUCUUUAGCUGGAUUGCAUUUACACCUUGCAGUCAAAUGCAUCUCCACUGUGAUCAGAUAGAGAUCCGAUCCCACACAAAUGGAAAACGCUACUUACAUAUUACAUUAGAGUCUGUGGUAACUGAAAAUUCUCUGUCUUUUAGCUAAUUUUAAAAACAUCGAUGGAUAAUUCAAAUGCUUUCUAUCACUUUAACAGUCAGGGGUUUUCCUUCAUUGAACCUUUUUUGGCAGCCGCCAAAGCUACAUUUCGGGUCGCUGAAGCAAAUAUAAUGAUAUAUAUCUUGCGUUCCGGCGCUUUGUAAGUGUUAAAAAUGCUUCUCAUCUGGAAACGCGUGAGUGAAGCCUGGUUUCACGUGUGAUGCGCAUGAUUAGAAAACAAAGAGACGCGAGCGAGGGGGUUUUGAGGAGAGAGACGAGAUAUUCCAAGUGUAUUCCAAUGGAAUGAUUUGUGGAAUAUUGUUUAGUUCAGGUGACAAGAUUGCAAGAUGGCAGUGUCUGUUGUGUUCCUCACAUUGCAAUGGCAAAAUUAAAAGAAAAAGGCAAGAACCCACAACAUAGUGCUUUAACAACGGAUGACUGUAGCGCAAGCUCAUCACAUAAUUAAUUGCUUACGUAGCUUUAUCCGAAUAACAAAAACUGAAAUUUGCAUUUACACCUUCUUUGAAUGUGGUCAGAAUCCGUUCCUGACCAGCUCCGAAUGUGGUUUCAGUGAUCUGAUCACGAUCCAUUCAUAAUGCGUCCUGGGUGCAUUUACACCUGCCAUUUAGUGCGGCCAAGAGCAAUCCGAUAGCGAUCCGAUCACUGAAAACGCAUGCUAAUGCAAGGUGAAAAUGGGGCCUAUGACACUUUCGGCACACAUGUGGACUCACAUGCUUUUCAGGACUCAUACCCUGCUCUUUCAGUUCAGCAACCAAGCAAUUUAAACAUGCUUGAACAAGCUUGUAAAUGUAGUUGGUUAUGUAAUGCGUUAUAUGCAAGUCAUGCGUUAAUAAAAGUGUUUAGAUGUAAUAAGAUAGCAUUGUGUGAAGAACAGGGUGAAAAGUAAGUGUUUAUGAAUUGAUAAGCUGCCGUUUUACUCGUGGUUUGUGUGAAAGUUGUUUUAGUGCCUCUAGUGUUCAUUUUACCAGCAAACUGCCGCAAUACGUACAACAAUGCAUGUAAAAAACAUUUUGCAUAAAUGUAGGUAUAGUAACGUGAUUCUAUGAGACCAGGUUGAAAGAAAGUUUGGUGAGGUAAGCACAGGAACUGUCCAAACAGUGUAUCUCAUAAUAAAAGUAUGUAAUUAUACUUGUUAGCUUUUUCUUUCAGACUUGCCAGGAAAAUAUGUAUUAAAAAAUAUUUAUGUGAUUUUGAUUAUACUGUAUCUUUUGGUAUCGGUUCAGAGAAUCAUGAAUAUAGCGAAAUACAUCUACAGUUGGUGGUACACCAAAAUAAUUGUCAACAGUGAUAUUAGCACUUGUAUUAACUUUACACUCAUUUCUUUGCUGGAUCUCUGGUAUGGACAAUCGAAUCAUCGCUUUAGUAAAUAUUGAAAGUUGUUCUACUCAAAGUACUAGUUACAUUUGUCUGUCAAUAUCACAGCUCUCCAUUAUCAAAAACGUUGUCACUUUGUUCAAUUGUGGACAGUGUUGUGAUGAAUAUUUAUAUCCCAGUUUAACAGUGAGUAAAUGUAUUGAUGUUUUCAUUAUUAUUAUUUUGUAUUAUUUCUUAAAGGUGAUCUGUGUAACUCUUUUGAUGUUAAAAUACUCUCUCCUAUCCCGGCUUAAAGGAAUAUUCCGGGUUCAAAACAAGUUAAGCUCAAUCGACAGCAUUUGUUGCAAAAUGUUGACUGGGGAGUGUUUUGAAAACCUGUUUGGCUCAGAAAUGACACACUUCCCCUUUAAUGAACAGUUGUGGUCAUUCAUUUAUCACUGCUUGCAGUUUACUAACAGUGUGUGUGUGUGUGUGUGUGUGUGUGUGUGUGUGUGUGUGUGUGUGUGAAUGUGAGUGUGUGUGUCUGUCUGUCUGUCUGUGUGUGUUUGAGUGUGUGUCUGUCUGUGUGUGUGUGUGUAUGUGUGUGUGAAUGUGAGUGUGUGUGUGUUUGUGUGUGUGUGUGUGUGUGUGUGUGUGUGUGUGUGUUUGUGCAGAAAGUUUUUUGUGAGGGUUAGGUAUAGGGGUAGGGUUAGGGGAUAGAAUCUAUAGUUCAUACAGUAUAAAAAUCAUUAUGUCUAUGGAGAGUCCUCAUAAUGAUAGCUGCACCAACAUGUGUGUGUGUGUGUAUGUGUGUGUGAAUGUGAGUGUGUGUGAAUGUGUGUGUGUGUGUGUGUGUGUGUGUGUGUGUGGUGUGGAGUGCCAGACAAUGACAUCUAUUUUUCUGUUAUGUAAAAAUAUAGACUAUAUAAUUUAUCAUAAUUCUCUGUAAUUUAAAAGAAUUAUCAAGGUGUUUUACAAUUUAUUGUUGUAUAGAUUUUUGUAACACUGCUUGAAAGAUGAAAUUGCCGUAUUUGUAUGUUUCGAUGGCCGUCUGUCACGUUGUAAGAAUUUUGUCUAAUAUGCAUGUAUGAGUAACAAAUAAAACGAAAGUGAUUUCCUGCGUCAUGUCUUCAUAA